AUGGAACCGGAUGAAAGAAUCGCCGCAAAUGGUGACAUUUUUGUUCAUCGUUUGAAACAAUUAACUGAUGAAGAAAAAGGACGUUUGGCGUUGCAGAAUGCACGUAUGGUGCCUGAAGCGAAAGCGGCGAAACUUGAACGAGAGGCAAAGAGGCACUGGGAUAUAUUUUACAAGAGAAAUGAGACGAAAUUCUUCCGUGACCGCCAUUGGACAACACGUGAGUUUCAAGAGUUGAUAAAUUUUGACUCUGAACAACAAAUUGUGUUUCUCGAGAUGGGUUGUGGUGUGGGUAACAUGAUAUUUCCGUUAUUAGAAGAGGGUUUUUCCAAUUUCUACUUCUACGCAUGCGAUUUUUCACCACGUGCGGUCGAUUUUGUCAAGUCUAACAAAUUGUAUGAUGAGAGUAGAGUUAAGGCGUUUUGUGCGGACCUAACAACGGAUAAUCUGUUUGAGAAUAUAAGCGAGAACAGCGUGGAUAUAGCAAGCUUGAUUUUUGUUUUAUCUGCUAUUCAUCCGGACAUGUGGCCUCAAGUUGCACAUGUUGCCUUUCGUUGUUUGAAGCCGGGUGGGGUUUUACUGUUUAGAGAUUAUGGUAGAUACGAUAUGGCUCAGUUGCGGUUCAAACCCGGGCAUAAAAUUGCCGAUAAUUUCUACAUGCGACAGGAUGGCACCAGGUCUUAUUACUUUACCGAAGAAGAAUUAGCAGUACUCUUCAGCAAAGCUGGAUUUGAGAUUCUGUCAAACACUUAUGUACAGCGAAGGACAGUUAACUUUAAGGAGGGAAUUGAUGUCCCUCGCAUAUUUGUACAGGGAAAGUACAAGAAGCCUGAAACUGAAGGAAAAUUUAAAUAUUGGUCCCAAAACUCAGAAGAGCAGUCUUGCUUUAAGUGA